AUGUGCCUCCCCCGAAAUCUCGCAGUCCAAACCUUAGCCUUCGUCCUCCUUGCGCCGCCGGACACGCCCGCCCCGCGCCGGACAGAUCCCGCCGUCGCCCGCAGCCAACCAGGACCCGCCACGUCGCCCCUAGCCGUCCCCGCCGCCGUAGGCCCGCCGCGGGCCCAGAUCCGGCCCUCCCCGGCCCGUCGCCUCGCCCGCUCCCCGCCGAGUCAACGCCCCGCCGCCCGGUCCGGCCUCCGCCGCCCCGCGCACGCCGGACCUCGUCGGCCGUCCGCGCCCCGCCGCCGCGACCCCGCGCGCUGCCUGGCCGACCGCCGCCGGACCCCGCGCCAUCCGCCUCCGCGCUCCGCCGCCGGUUGCCGCCCGCCGGCGCUGCGCCUCCGCCCCGUCCCCUCGUCUUCGUCGUCGCCGGCCGCCUCCGCCGCCGUCGCCGGAUCCGGACGGGUGGGAUGA